UACCACUAUUGACGACAUUCGCUAAUCGCCGUGGUGGCUAGUUUCACAUAGAUGUCAUUCCUGUGGACCCGUCUUAAGCGUAUUGAAUACUUUUCUUAAACCAGCUGCUUAAACGCUCGCAGUGCCAGGGAUACGGAUUCUAAGCCACCACACAAUGUCGGCUCAGGCGCAGAUGAGAGCAUUACUGGACCAGUUAAUGGGGACCUCAAGGGAUGGCGACGAGACACGGCAGAGGGUUAAGUUCACAGAGGACCGGGUCUGCAAAAGCCACCUGCUCAACUGCUGUCCUCAUGACAUCCUCUCAGGAACACGAAUGGACUUGGGUGAGUGCGCCAAGACACAUGACUUUGCUCUUCGGGCUGACUAUGACAUUGCCUCGAAGGAGAGAGACAUGUUCUUUGAACUGGAUGCGGUGGAUCACCUGGAGUCCUUCAUCGCAGAUUGUGACAGGAGGACAGAGCUGGCCAAGAAGAGGCUGGUCGAGACUCAGGAUGAAAUUAGCGCUGAGGUGGCUGAGAAGGCAGAAAAGGUGCACGAGCUGAACGAGGAUAUCGGGAAGUUGUUGGCCAACGCGGAGCAGCUUGGUGCAGAUGGCAAUGUGGAGGAGGCCCAGAAAGUCCUGCAGGAAGUGGAGAAAGUGCGCAACAAGAAAAGAGAUGCAGAGGAUGAGUACCGGAACUCCAUGCCUGCCUCCAGCUUUCAGCAGCAGAAGCUUCGAGUGUGUGAAGUUUGCUCCGCCUACCUGGGACUACAUGACAACGAUCGUCGCCUGGCUGACCACUUUGGCGGGAAGCUUCACCUUGGAUUUAUUCAGAUCCGAGAGAAGCUGCAACAGCUCAAGAAAACAGUCCUGGAGAAGCAAGAAAAGAGGAACCAGGAUCGCCUGAAAAGGAGGGAGGAGAGAGAGAAGGAAGAGAAGAUGUUGAUGAUGAAGAAGAGGACAAGAUCUCCUAGCCAAGAAAAAAAGAGGUCUCGUUCUGGAGAACGCAGGAAACAGCAUUCUCAUUCUCCCUCCCGGGAACAGCAGCGAUCCCACUCAAGGGACCAUGGCGAGAGGGAGAGAGAACGGGAAAGACGGAGGCGACAUCGCAGCCGCUCAGCCAGUAAGGGCAACCGGCAUAGCCGAGAACGUAGUCGAGAUCAGAAACGUCAUUCCAAACACAGUUCGUCCCGUGAUAGGUCAGGUGAUAGGGACAAGAAAAAGUCAUCCUCUUCUCUGAGAUUGGCGUAACAGGAGGACCUGGAGAGUGAAGGAAUCCCCUCCAAUACCAACAUAAUCCUAGAAUUCUCUGGUAGCCCCCGUGGCAUCUUGCCUAUGUUUUUGUUGCAGUUUCAUUUUUGGUAUUGUGUCCUUUUAAAGAGAUACUGCAACAUUAAGAUUUAGUUUGAUAAAAAAAUGUAUACCAUUUGUAUUGCUCUGGAGUUUGGAUGUAAUUGAAGUUAACAUAUUGCUACUACCACAGCAAGUGUUUCUGGAAGCCUUUCUCAAAAAUAGGGAAACUUACAUUUUAAAGUAAGUUAAUUAAAAGUCUUACAAAGUUGUGCAUCGCAAUAAAUAUUUUGUUGAUAAUCAUCAAAAGGUAAAAUCAGUUCUACCUGUUGCAUAAAAAAUCUGUUACCUUUUUUUUUUUUUUUUUUUUACUUUCUAAGACUAAAUUACAAACAGCUUGUGGGUAUUCAUGUCCAUCUCCUUGCCCCUUUGUAUCUCAGUUGUUAUUGCUUGCAACACCAGGGAUGUAUGUAUGAUUCCCACGGGUGGUUCGUAGAAAAAAAGUUUCAAAAUUCAUGCUCCUCACUACUGGAAGCCUGUUAAAUAUUUAAAAAGUAAUGUUUAUUGAGUAAGGACACCAACAAUAAUGCUAACUUCAGGUACAUUCAGAUGACAUUAACACUUUGUCCAUGAGUUUACCUGAAGUAGUGGGAGAAGAAUAAACACUAAAAUCUAAAUCUUACAGUAUCACUUUAAACGUCCAUGCAGUAAAUUCAUCGCAUGGGAACUCAGAUUUCAAUCUGAGGGGAAAUCUGAAAACAUAAUUGUUUUUUGUACAUUUAUACACACCGUUAUGUAUUUAAAUUAUAUGUAGUGGUUUCAAUACCCAACUGUCCUGAAAUUAUGAAUAAAGCAACAGAACAGAUUAAUUGGUGUUGAUUUUAAGUAACUAUUUGUUUAUUACAGGUCAUAGACAUAAAAGAUGUUAUGUUUGCCAGACCUGGUGGAAAAUGAUUUGGCAGAGAUGUUUUGACACUGGGCAAGAGAAAUUCUGGAUUCAAUUAUUGCCACAUUAUUGCCACAUUAGUGAAGACCAUGUUUUCAGAAAAUUCUGCAUAUGUCAGCUCAGUUGAAAAUUACCUUUCUAUUGUGGAAUUCUCACUUUUGUGAAAUUUGGGCUUUUCAUUUUGUUUGUUUUCAAAUAUUUCUUUAUUCAACACUAAUAAAGACUGAUGAAGUCCUA